CUUAAACAGUUCCUCCUGACUUGAGUGCAACUACAUCAACCAGUGUGAAGACUUGGAAUGACAAUCCUGUUAAUUUGACCUGCCUUGCAGAUGCUGUCCCAAAUGCAACAAUUAGUUGGUGGUUUAGAAAUAAUGAGAUUAAAAAGGAGAAUCCUUCUAUAUUCUACACCAUUUUGGGUACUGUGGGUUUGAGUAACCUCUUGGUUAAACCAUCAUUAAGUACACCAGGGGGUCGAGAUGUGUACGGAUUGUAUAUUUGUAAAGCCACAAACAAGUAUGGUGAGGAUCACAUUGAUAUAGAAUUAAAAGAAGCUUAUGCCCCUGGACCUCUGCAGCAAAUAAAGUUUGAGAAAAUAACAGCAACUACAAUAACUUUUAGUUUUGUUCAUCCCAUAGAAGAUGGUGGACUGCCAAUUAAAUCCUUUUUAGUAGAGUAUAAAGAGGACAAAAAAACAGAAAAGGAUGUGCAAAAACAAGAAUGGAAUGAAGGGUUAUUGUAUGUUCUUGAAAGUCUGAAACCAAGGACUACAUAUCUCUUUCGGUUUGCUGCUAAAAAUGCAGUUGGUGUGAGAGCCUGGAGUAAUUGGUUAUCUAAAACAAUGCCUGAAGAGUCAGCACCAGAAAACCCUACUUUUAUUCAGCCAGGUGGAAACAUUAGCACAUAUCCUAACCAUUUUGAAAUCCGCUGGGUUAUACCUGCAGACAACGGAAGACCAAUAUUGGUUUUUGAACUAAAAUACUCUAAGGUGAAGCGAGAUGUCAAUUCAUGGAUCAGACUUGGUGAAGUAAAGGCAAUUGAGAUAAAGGAUCCAGAAUGGCGCUCAGGUCGCUUCACAAUAAGAGAUCUAGAACCUAGCUCAUAUUAUAAGGUUGAGCUUAGAGCCAAGAAUGAAAUUGAUUAUAGUGAAAGUGCAACAAUGAUAUUUCGUACAGCUAGUGAUCCAAGCUCUCGGUCUAAGGGUCCCCCACCGUUCAGCCUCUCUGGAAUUGGACGUGGUGAAGAGCAAGAAGCAAUCUCAGAACAAGCAGGAAUCUCUACUACCGCUAUAAUAAUCAUAGUUGUUGUGCUCAUAGUCCUGAUAUGUGUUCUUAUCGACUUAGUUGCUUACUUCCGAUACCAGUGGGGUGUUUUUUAUUUCUUCAGAAAUAUGUGUGGAAAGCCAGUAAAUGAAAAAAAUAAAAGUGCUGCUAAGGCUGAAGAUGGUAAGGCAAGCAAAAUUGAAGAAGAAAAUGAAGAAAAACCAAAAUUGGAGGUGGACAAUCCAGCAUUUGAGUAAGGAUUCCCAACUUUAAGGAAACUAGUUAUUUCU